CCGCUCUCCCCGCCGUCUCUGUGGGCGGAAGCGGGCGGGCUGUGUUGUGGCGCCGCCGUUGCCGUGAGAGGCCCGGGACCGCGGCGGGGGUUAUGUGAGCUGCUGCAUUAGUCUUCUGACAUCUUGCCCUGAAUACUCAUGGUAUGUCUGAAGGACAGAUCUCUUGUGUGUUCUGAAUGUACCAGGUUGUCCUCAUGAGUACUCCAGUGGAGAAUGUCCAUGAUCUUCUUUGCCUGUGUGGUGCGGGUGAGGGAUGGGCUUCCCCUCUCAGCCUCCACAGAUUUUCAUUUCAACCGGGACUUUCUGGAAUGCAGAAAGAGAUUGAAGGCAUUAUCCUCAAUUCUGGCACAGUAUCCAAGUCGAGGCACAGCAAAAGGACGUGACCUUAGCAUUCAUUUCCUUUCUUCCGGGGAUAUAGCCUGCAUGGCGAUCUGUUCCAGCACUUACUCAACCAUCAUGGCGUUUUGCUUCCUGGAAGAGCUUCAGUGGGAAUUUGCUGCUUCCUACGACACAACGAGCAUUGGUUUAGCUUCCAGACCGUAUGCUUUUCUUGAAUUUGAUAAUGUUAUUCAGAAAGUGAAACACCAUUUUAACCGGGCGAGUCGCUCUCAAAUGAAGGCCAACUGGGAGAAGGUUGAGGAGGAGCUGAAGUUCCAGCCUCCAGUUCAGCUGAAACUGGAGGACACGGAGCUGAUGAACGGGAUGACGAACGGUGGCCCUGCUGGUGUUCAUGUGGAGGUUGUCCCUACGUACAGAAUGCAGCCUGUGACUCCCCUGGGGAUUCUGUCACUUGUUCUGAACAUCAUGUGUGGAGCUUUGAAUCUCAUUCGAGGAGUUCACCUGGCAGAGCAUUCAUUUCAGGAGGACCAUGAAGGAAUUGGAAAUGUCAUAGCUUUUUUACUACCUUUUCUAGCCUGUGUUUUUCAGUGUUACUUGUACCUCUUCUACAGCUCGGCGAGGAAGGUGAAGACGUUUGUGCUCUUUGUCUCUGUCUGUUUCUGCAACGUUUACUUGUACGGGUUGCGGAACCUCUGGCAAAUCGCCUUUCACAUAGGAGUGGCAUCUCUUUCUUCUUAUCAGAUACUCACAAGGCAACUGCUGGAGAAACAGCCUGACUGCGGAGUAUGAAAAAGACUUGGGGUUUGCUACUCUUAUUUUUACAACUGGUUUUGUUUUGUUUUUUUUUUGUAUUAAACUGGCCAAAAAUAGUUUGGAAUAUUUUUAAAGAUUCGCGACAAUUGGUUGUUGCAAGGAGGAUUGUUUCAAAGCAGCUUGAAAUAAAGUAGGAAACUGUAAUGGUGUCAAACACACGGCGAGGGAUGUGGCUGUAUUUAACAUGGUGUGUGGUAAUUUGUGCAUGGGAGAUCUUGUCUGGUGUCCUCAACCAGGAGGAGGUUCUCCUUACUGUAAACAGGCUUUUACUCCUUGACUAAUAGCAUCCAGACAGCAUUUUGCCAUUUGUCUUACUGGCUUUGUAACAGUUUGGCAGGUCGAUGUCUUGCCCGGCCAGUGCUUCCAAAAAUAUUAAAAUUGUAGAGUAAAAUGAAGAGAAAGUGGUGGGUAACAUUUUUGUCUCUAGAAUUUGUUGAGUGUUAAGAUUCUUGGUAAAUGUAAAUAAAGGGGUUUGCCAUCAUUAGAUGAGUUCAGUAUCAGUGGGAAAAAAAUGUUAGGAGGAGCUUCAGGGUAAUUUGUCCGGGUUUUGAAGGAAAGGAAAAAGCUGUGGCUCUGUUAAAAAACAUAAAGGCUAUAAAUAUCUCCUGGCUAAACAGCGCAUUGUAGUUAAGUAUGUGCUCAUUGGUUAAUUGCAAAUAUGCUUGGGGCAGCAUAAAAUAAACCAAGUGAAUAUAAGUGAUCUUUCAGCUCAAGUGGCCUUUAUUUCCUUGGUUAAGGUCACUCUUGGUAUAAAGGUAAUUCCAUGUUGGCUUGGUCUGUACGGAUAAUAAAUCUUUCAAGCCUCCUUA